AUGUUCCGUCUCGCUCUGCUUGCCGUCUGUGCACUUUCGAUAUGGACCGCUUCAGCUAUGCGCGCCGACCGCCUGGCGGAGCUCCGACAGGCCACGGUGGACGUAUUCUACCAUGGCUGGCGUAACUACAUGGACAAGGCAUUUCCGGAGGAUGAGCUUCGUCCGCUAUCGUGCACACCGCUCUCGCGAGACAAUGAUCCGAGCCAGUUCGGACUGAACGAUCCCCUCGGAAAUUACUCCCUCACCCUGCUUGACAGCCUCUCGACUCUCGCGAUUUUGGCUGGCGAUCCCCACCCCGAAUCGAAAAUUGGCCCCCAGGCGCUCGACGACUUUCAGCACGGCGUCAGCGAAUUCGUCCGCUUGUACGGCGAUGGGAGAAAAGGCCCGAGCGGCACCGGAAGCCGUGCCACGGGCUUCGACCUGGACAGCAAGGUGCAGGUGUUCGAAACGGUUAUCAGAGGGCUCGGCGGCUUGCUUAGUGCACACUUGUUUGCUGUUGGCGAGCUGCCUAUAGCCGGGUACGAUGCGACCCCUAUCAAGGAGACGACCAGCGACGACCCUCUCGAAGUUGCACCGAUACAGUGGCCCAAUGGAUUCCGGUACGAUGGACAGCUACUGCGGCUUGCGCUGGAUCUAGGCGAACGGAUCCUGCCCGCAUUCUACACAUCCACGGGCAUUCCGUAUCCUCGAGUGAACCUGCGUCAUGGCAUCCCAUUCUACACCAAAUCACCCCUGCACGGCGAUGGGCCUGACGAAGAUGCUUCAAAAGACCACGGUCGGCCUGAAAUCACGGAGACUUGCAGCGCGGGGGCGGGCAGUCUUACGUUGGAAUUCUCUGUGCUCAGUCGUUUGACGGGAGACGACCGUUUCGAGCAGGCCGCCAAACGAGCUUUCUUCGAGGUGUGGGAUCGCAGAAGCUCUCUAGGUCUCAUUGGAAAUGGCUUAGAUGCGGAGCGUGGAGUCUGGAUCGGACCGCAUUCGGGCAUUGGUGCUGGCAUGGACAGCUUUUUCGAGUACGCCGUGAAAAGCUACAUCUUGUUGUCCGGGAAUGACGCCCAGAACGUUUCGAAGCCCAUCGCCAAGGGGCAGUCAGAUCGCCUGGACCCAAACUCACUCCAUCCCCCGCUACACCCCGACCGCACCUCGCCAGAGGCCUUCUUGGAGACGUGGCACCAGGCUCACUCAUCUGUCAAGAAACACAUCUACAACGACCGGCUGGCAUACCCAUACUACGCAAACAACAAGUUUGGCACCGGUGAGCAGUACACCACAUGGAUCGACAGCUUGGGUGCCUUUUAUGCUGGUCUCCUGGUGCUAGCCGGCGAGACAGAUGAGGCUGUCGAGGCGAAUUUGCUAUACACCGCACUUUGGACGCGAUAUUCCGGCAUCCCCGAGCGGUGGUCGUUCAGGGAUCUGGACGUGGAGGGUGGCCUUGGCUGGUGGCCCGGACGACCCGAGUUUAUCGAGUCAACGUACUACAUCUUCCGUGCGACCAAGGACCCAUGGUAUCUCUAUGUUGGCGAGAUGGUGCUCAGGGAUAUUAAGGCUCGCUGCUACGCGCCGUGCGGGUGGGCCGGUCUGCAGGAUGUUCGCACAGGCCAGAAGGCAGAUCGUAUGGAGAGUUUCUUCCUUGGGGAGACCACUAAGUACCUGUACCUGUUGUUCGAGCCUGAGCAUGCGCUGAACAAGCUGGACGCGCCAUACGUCUUCUCGACCGAGGGACAUCCGCUCAUUAUUCCAAAGGAGCGUCAUCCCCGACCUCGGAAAGCGGCGAAUAGCAACGACGGGAAGAAGGCACUGGCUUACUAUGACGAGUCCUACACCAACUCGUGCCCCGUGCCUGUCGUCCCCGAGUCAUUGACAGGGUCAGCUACCGCGGCUAGGCGCGAGCUCUUUCAUGUGUCGCGCUUCACUGGCCUCUACAACACACCGAAUCCGCGAGGACCACAUGAGACUGUGCGUGUGUACGACAGGAAGAAGGGGCAGGUCAUCAAAUACCGACCGACCUCAAACCACACUCUCUUCCCUUGGACACUACCGCCGCAACUACUUCCGCCGGAUGGGCAGUGCGCAGUGCCUGUGCCCCCGAAGACUCAGAUCAUUGAGUUCCCGGCCACCGACACCAUUGGCUCCAUCCUCGGCAAGUACGGCACCAACAUUGAGAAACUCGAAUGGGGCCCCCUCGUGAAGAACGUCGCCGGGUUGCAAAUGGUCGUGGACCACACGCCCAAAUCGGAUGAUGAGGAAACCUCAUGCAGAAUCACGCGCAUCGGUCCCACCGAAGUCGGCCCCAACGAGCUCGUCUUCUUUCACGCGGAAGACAUCAAGGGCUUUCGAGAUGAAGCUUUCAGUGCUACCCGGCGCCAGGAUAAGGUGCGGAUCGGCGUGAUUGACUCUCCCAAGUCGGAGAAUGGCACCAAGAUUGACGAUGACUACCUCGUCGAGGAUCGACACACACAUCCAGAGACGGUUCUCAAGUCGCUCUUUCGCACCCUGACGUCCGUCUUCGACUCAUCCCCCACUGGCGUCCCUGCGUCGCGGAACUUCCACGUGCGCGUCUGGGAUGCAUACACUGGCGUCGGGGCCGGCGCCUUUCCCAUGCCUGAGGUGAACGGUUUCCAAAACCCACUCAUCUCCAAACUGCUCGAUAUGCCAGACCUCCCAUGGAAAACCAUCUUCGUGACGGGUCAGGCGUGUAACGAGCCACUGCCCGAGGCCGCGCCACGCCAUCAUCAGGUCAUCGUCAUGCGCCGUGGCGGCUGCAACUUUGCUCGCAAGCUUGGCAAUAUCCCCUCGUUCCCGCAAACCCCAGACUCUCUACAACUCGUCUUGAUUGUGGAUGAAAGUGGCUCAAAGGAGCCCGUCCGGCCUCUGAUCGAGACUGAGCAGGUGACACCGAGUGGGAUGAAACGGUUGCACGGGAUACCUAUGGUGUUGAUGACAGUCUAUCCGGGCGAGCUGGAGCUGUUCAAGGAAGCAAAGGCGGUGGGGAUGUCGAGGAUAUACGAUCUAACGAGCCAUGGAUCACGGAUAACGAACGCGAUUGUGCUGUGA